AUGAGUUCCCGCGCGACAUGGAUGUCGCUAUUCACCGUGGCAGUUGGGCUGCUUCCAACUGCCAUGGCCCAAAUCUGUACCCCGGAAGAUGGGUAUAGGUACCUUGUCGGCCGCCAGUCAGAUCUCGACGAGAUUACAGCAAAGUGUACGACUGUCAACGGCAGCAUUGCCAUGACUGUCAACUACACCGGUAGCUUUCAUCUACCCAACAUCCGGAACAUCACAAAUGGCCUCCGGUGGUCUCUAACGCAGCUUGAAAACGAGACGCCCGAAACGACGUCAAUAGAUUUACCCGAUCUUGAAUUCCUAGGGGGAAGCCUAGAAAUUAGCGACAUUUCGACUUUGCAGAGCUUCACUGCGCCCAAGCUGGAGACGGUGGAAUGGGCUGCGAAUAUCCAGUGCACUCAGGAGGUGGACCUGCGGUCGUUGGUCGAUCUGGAGUAUCUGACUAUCAUCGGCAAUAUUUCCAGCUUACGCCUCGACUCCUUGCGACAGGUUCGUCAAGAUAUGACUAUCUGCAACAAGGACGGCGGGUGUAAUCCGGUUCAACCGCCCAGCAACUCUUUGAAUAUUUCUCUUCCUGCACUUCACGAUGCAGGCCACAUCUUCCUGAAGGGGAGAUUCUCGGACUUGGCCACGCCAAACCUCACAAACCUCACAGGGUUUGGCAAUGGCUUCUAUAACUUCAAGCUCCUCACUGCUGGGGGACCGCCAAUUAACGUCUCCUUUCCUGAGCUAAAAUACAUCCAAGGAGAAGGUCUAUGGCUUGAAGGCAAUAUUUCAAAGUAA